ACCGGUGGACCAUUAGAGUUACAGAAUGGAUACCAAGAGAAUUGGUAUUCAUUCUUUCCAGCUCGCAAAGGAAAGCACAGUUGAAGACGGCUGAAAACUAGGUGGGGUGAUGAAGUUGCCUAGUAGAAACAUUUUACACAAUUUGCUGCAUAUUUUGAUGAGCAUACCUUAAGUAGUUGUGUUGCUCUGAAGUAUACCUAUAGAGGAUGGAGGUACUGUUGCUGAGCUUACUUUAUGGGGAUGUUCUAGGCCAAGCUCUUGAGUUGUAUAACAUCCUUGCAUGGACAUUAGAGGGGCUCAUUUCUGAACUAGCCGAAUUCUGCAAUUACAGAUAAAGUUCUACAUUGUAGAAUUUAUGGAUGAGGCAACAGUGGAAGUUGUUCCAAGUACAUGGGUUGUGGGCAACCGAUGUCUUUGGCCGCCUAGCCCUGGUGCCAAAACUAGCAUUGUAAAGAAAGGCCAACAGCCUGGUGACAGCUGGAAGUUAUCACCAGAUUUCCAUCAAAGGCAGUUUUGAUAACUAUGAAGAUACGAGAAGCAAACUGGGGUUGUCUGAAUAUUUGUCGGACCUAGAGAUCCUGCAUGAAAUGAAAAAACGUAAGGUGCGCAAGCCAUUUCGUUAUUGUGAUGACGAUGACGACAGUUUUGAAGUGCCACAACCACCAGAAAACUUUCCAGCAACUAUGAAGACCACUGAGUCUGCUGCUGACAUUCCGGGACAAGGAGAUGACACAAAUGAAAGCACUAGGAACACCGAAGCUGUGAACCAGCAAAGCCCACUAAAGCCAAGCAACCUCGUUUCUCUUGAGGACACUAAAUUACAGCAAAAGCCUCCAGUAAGCAAGCUUCUUUCACCAGCAGAGUUUCAACAAGAGGUUCUGAGGUGCUUGGCUGCCCUUCGGAUCGUACAACAGCAGCAGGGUGAACUAUUGGUGGGUCUCACGAGCAGGCUCAGUAAGCAGAAAUUCGUUAUAGAAGACGUUCGAACCAAGGCCCCGUUUGGCGAUUUCUGUGCAUGCAAACAUUUGAUGCUACCAUCAAAGGAGCACUUGAGGAUGCUGCUUUUGUUUUACCAGAACAUUCCUUGUUAAAUAGAUCCAUUAAAUUAUAACGUUUAAUAAAUACUGGGUCUAAAUUGAUACAUGCUGAAACAGACUCGUGGUGGCUGAAAACGGGCAGGGGAGUCGCUGUUUUGUUCUUUGCCUGCUGUGUCAGAUUUAAUCCUCUGAUAUUUUAAAUACCCAUAUGUAUUCGGGGUGUCUUUUUUCGGGGCUGUAACCACUGUAACCAAUUACAGUAUCUUACAGCAAUGGUCAGCUUUUAUUUAUAGGGUGCACUAGCUAACGUUAGCCAAUCUGUUCAACGAAAAAAAAUUGUGUUCGGUCAUCAGUGGUAUGACUACCAAACAACUUUGGUCUUAUUGUAUGUUGCACAUUUUUUUUUAAUUUCUACUGCUCCGUUAGCUGGGACACACGGUACAGUCAGCAACAGUCUAAGAAAACGGGGAAGUGCAUCACUGCCCUACUCAAAAUGCAUAUAAAUGUGCCAGCCAAAUACCUUCGCUCAUUUCCUUUACAUCACAGUGGAGGUUCGCUGUCAAUAUUUGCAUCUCUGGGGAACGGUUUUUAGAGCGCUGUGGCGCAGAAGGCAGGGACAGUGAAAUAUUUUGAGCAGAGCUCGUACUGAAUUCUUGGGUUGUCACUCAGUAUAGUGUUUCUGUGUACGCGAAGCUCCGGCUUCCGGAACUGGAAGUCGCCUUCCGGCGUUUUGCCGACGCUUCCCGCGCU